GGAUGCCGACCUCCCCAAGAUGGCCGUGUGUCAGAGAGGACUACUUGACCGAGCCUCCAGGAAGUGGUCCAUCGGCUGUGCUGUAGAGGCGCGGCCUCCUCUCAGCCCUAACUGCACGACGCUGCUCUGCAGCCCUCCAAGGCGGCGGAGAUGGCCAACCCGGCGGAGUGCAACCUGAAGGUGGUGUGCCGCUUCAGGCCACUGAACAGCUCCGAGGUGGCCCGAGGAGACAAAUACAUCCCAAAGUUCCAGGGGGAGGACUGUGUGCAGAUAGCGGGUAAACCCUACUACUUUGACCAUGUAUUCCAGUCCAGUACAACUCAGGUCCAGUUCUACAAUGCUGUGGCUCAGAAGAUUGUCAAAGAUGUGCUCGGCGGCUACAACGGCACAAUAUUUGCCUACGGGCAGACAUCUUCUGGUAAAACACACACAAUGGAGGGCAAACUUCACGACCCGGACAUGAUGGGAAUCAUUCCUCGAAUCGUGGAGGACAUCUUUAAUUAUAUUUAUUCCAUGGAUGAGAACCUGGAGUUUCACAUCAAAGUUUCUUAUUUUGAAGUCUAUUUGGACAAAAUUCGGGACCUGCUGGAUGUGACAAAGACCAACCUUUCGGUUCAUGAGGACAAAAACAGAGUCCCAUACGUGAAGGGGUGUACUGAGCGCUUCGUGUGCAGUCCUGAUGAGGUCAUGGACGCCAUCGAUGAAGGCAAAAACAACAGAAGCGUGGCUGUCACAAACAUGAACGAGCACAGUUCCAGGAGUCACAGCAUCUUCCAAAUCAACAUUAAGCAGGAGAACACUCAGACGGAACAGAAACUCACCAGCAAACUCUACCUUGUCGAUUUGGCCGGCAGUGAAAAAGUGGGUAAAACUGGAGCAGAGGGUACGGUGCUGGAUGAAGCCAAGAUGAUCAACAAGUCCCUGUCUUCACUUGGGAAUGUCAUUUCAGCAUUGGCCGAAGGUUCGACAUAUGUGCCAUACAGGGACAGUAAAAUGACCAGGAUCCUGCAGGACUCCUUGGGAGGGAACUGUCGGACCACCAUGGUCAUCUGCUGUUCCCCUUCCUCCUACAAUGAUGCGGAAACCAGGUCCACGCUCCUGUUUGGACAAAGGGCUAAGACCGUCAAGAACACGGUCACUUUGAACGUGGAGCUGACAGCAGAGCAGUGGAAGAACAAAUACGAGAAGGAGAAAGAGAAGAACAAGACGCUGAGAAGCACAGUAACCUGGCUAGAAACUGAACUGAACCGCUGGCGGAGUGGUGAAAGUGUGCCAGUGGAGGAACAGUUUGACAAGGAAAAGGCCAAAGCGGAGGUCCAAAGUCUGGAUGUUGCCUUCAAUGACAAGACAACCGCCUCACCCGCACACAGCGCACUUCCUGGCAUCACACUCGCACAUGCUGAUACGGCACAAUACGGGGCAGAGAUGGCCAAGCUUUACAAGGAGCUGGAUGACAAGGAUGAUGAAAUUAACCAGCAGUCUCAGUUGGUGGAGAAAAUUAAGGAGCAGAUGUUGGACCAGGAGGAGCUCCUCGCGUCAUCCCGCCGCGACCACGACAACCUGCAGACGGAGCUGAACCGACUGUUAUCGGAGAAUGAAGCUUCCAAGGAGGAGGUGAAGGAGGUGUUGCAGGCUCUGGAGGAGUUGGCUGUUAACUACGACCAGAAAAGUCAGGAAGUCGAGGACAAAACAAAAGAGUUUGAAGCUCUCAGUCAGGAACUGAAUGAAAAAUCUAGCUCCUUAGCCUCUAUUGACUCAGAGCUCCAGAAGCUGAAGGAGAUGACCAACCACCAGAAGAAGAGGGUCACAGAGAUGAUGUCAUCAUUACUCAAAGAUCUCGCAGAGAUAGGCCUUGCAGUGGGAAGCAACGACAUCAAGCAACACGAGAACAGCAGUCUCAUUGACGAGGAGUUCACGGCGGCUCGACUCUACAUCAGCAAGAUGAAGUCGGAGGUAAAAACGAUGGUGAAACGCAGCAAACAACUGGAGAGCUCCCAGGCGGACAGCACCCAGAAGAUGGAGGAGACCGAGAGGGAGUUAACUGCCUCCCGGCUGCGUGUCUCUCAGCAUGAAGCUAAAAUAAAAUCCCUGACAGACUGCCUCCUCAACGUGGAGCAGAAGAAAAGACAGUUGGAAGAAAACGUGGACUCUCUCAAUGAAGAAAUAGUUAGGAUCCGAGCACAAGGGAACGUCCAUGUCAUGGAAAAGGAGAAUGCGAUCCAGCCGGUCAAUGAAGUUAAGGAAGCUGUGGAGAAGCAGAUCUUAUCUCACAGAGAAGCCCAUCAGAGGCAACUGAGCAACCUGAGAGACGAGCUGGACAACAAGGAGAAGCUGAUCCACGAACUGCAGGAUUUGAACCAAGAGAUCAUGCUGGAGCAAGAGAGGCUCAGAGUGGAGAACGAGAAGGUCAAAGCAGCCGAACAGGAGAAGAGUCGUCUGCUCCAGGAGCUCACGCUGCAGCAGGACAAGCAGGAGCAAACCAGGCAGGACCUGAAGGGAUUGGAGGACACUUUGUCCCGUGAGCUACAGACACUUCACAACCUCAGACGUCUUUUCGUCCAAGACCUUGUCGGCCGAGUCAAGAAGAAUGCACAGAUGAGCUCAGAGGAAAGAGAAGUCAGCAUUGCCCAGAGACGCAAGAUCUGCAUUCUGGAAAACAACUUGGAGCAGCUUACCAAAUCUCACAAACAGCUGAUACAGGAAAACACCGACCUUUGUUCCGAGAUCCCGAAAAUGGAGAAGCGGCUGCGGACCACAGCCGAACGUGUGAUAGCCCUGGAGAACGCUCUGAAGGAGGCCAAGGAGAUUGCAGCCCGUGAGCGGCAACAACACCAGCAAGAGGUUGAGCGCAUGAAGGACGCCCAAAUCAAGCCCAAAAACAUGGGAAGGAGGGGCUCUGCUCAGAUAGCCAAACCCAUUCGACCAGGACAGCUCCCUGGUGCCUCCCUCUUGAACCCUAAUGGAAACAGGUCCAACCUCAUCCACAACUAUGGUGGUAUCAAGGAAGAUGGUGACAGCGCUUGAAGUUCAGCUGAGCCAAAGCAAGAAAAUAAAGCCUCAGACACAUUCAUUCUUCUGACUCUUCAAUCAAAGUGUACAUUGGCGCCGCAGUUUAUCAUCUUUUUAGCUUUUAUUAAAAAAAAAAGACUCAAGUUUUGUUAUCACAUACAGUACAUGGUGCUUUGUUAUGAAUUUAAAUGUAACAUAACAUGAAUUAGACCAUUACUUUAUUGUAGCAUGCCAUGUGCAUUUAUUUUGCCAUUUGGUGUAAACAAACAAAUUUAAAUUUCCACAAUGGAUUUGCAGAUAUUGCAUUUAUGUAUUCCAUGAUAUGGAUCAAUCUGU